AUGUGUGCCUGCGGGAUACUUUUGACUUUUACUCUGCUUUUGCAUUUUCUGGGUGUUCACUCAAUGAAUCCCCUGUUUCCAAGCGCAUCCAGAGGCAUGAAAGUGUCCAAGUCUGUUCCUGCUGAGGGCAACAGGAGAGCCAAAUACGGCAAGAGUUUGCUGUCAGCAUCACUGUUAUCCGGAGACCUACAGUCCAGAAGGGCGAUCAAGGAUGCGAUCGAACCUCACGAUUACAUGAUUUCCAUAUAUAAGACCUUUUCAGCGGCUGAAAAACUGGGACUGAACGCGAGUUUUUUCCGCUCGUCUAAAGCAGCAAACACCAUAACGAGUUUUGUGGACGAGGGUCAAGAUGAUCAUUUGAACUCCCCGCUCUGGAGACAGAAGUACUUAUUUGACGUAUCAACGCUUUUUGAAAAUGUGGAGAUCCUGGGUGCUGAACUAAGGAUUUACACAAAGAUUUCCGGAAGCUUCCGUGCAUCUGAAGCCGGUCCUGUGGAGAUACAGCUGCUCUCCUGCCAGACUCGCACUGUCCUUGAUUCACAAACUUUAGAUCUGGAGGAUGCACAUAAACCAAAAUGGGAGGUUUUCGACGUCUGGGAGAUUUUUAAGGAACGUCAGCACCACUCACAUGGCACCCGCUUCUGUUUAGAGCUCAAGGCCACACUGGAUAAUCCAGAGAGAGAAAUCGAUUUGCAAUAUCUUGGAUUUCACAGACAUGGACGCCCGCAAUUGAAGAAAGCCAUACUGGUUGUUUUCACUAGGUCAAAAAAGAGGCAAAGCCUUUUUUAUGAAAAAAGAGAGAAGAUCAAGCUAUGGGGUCUGGAUAGUAUCGGAAAGGAAAGAAGAUCCCAUUUGAAAUCCCGCCGGAGUAGACGAACUGCUCUACCCAAUCGUCAUGGCAAGAGACAUGGCAAAAAGUCGAAAUCUAGAUGCAGCAAAAAGCCACUGCAUGUCAAUUUCAGAGAGCUGGGUUGGGACGACUGGGUCAUCGCUCCAUUAGAUUAUGAGGCUUAUCACUGUGAGGGCAUGUGUGACUUUCCCCUCCGAUCUCACUUGGAACCAACCAAUCAUGCCAUCAUACAAACUCUAAUGAACUCAAUGAACCCAAGCAACAUGCCGCCCAGCUGCUGCGUCCCCUCCAAACUCAGUCCCAUCAGCAUCUUGUACAUUGACGCAGGGAAUAAUGUUGUGUACAAGCAGUAUGAAGACAUGGUGGUGGAGUCCUGUGGCUGCAGAUGAUCAAACUAAUGCUCAAAC